AAAUGGGUGGGAAUUCGAGGAAUGCUUUGAUAGCAUUUGUGGCUCCUCUUCCUUCUAUACUCUUCUACACCUCCUUCCUCCACCACUACGCCGACGACCUCCACCUCCUCUCUCCAAUUUGGUCAUGGUGCUACCACCACCCUCUGCUCCUGGCCAACGCCCUCUUCUUCUUCAACGUCAAUGUCCUUUUCUGGAUCAUUAGUCUCAUCCAAUCCAGCAAUUGGAUGAUAGAUGUUUACUGGACGGUGAUUCCGGUGUUGCUGGUGCAUUACUUUCAGAGUCAUCCUCUGUCGGAAUUCAACCCACGGAGGUCAACGGUGGUGGUGGUGUUGACAUGGGUUUGGGCAAUCAGGUUGACCCACAACUAUUUUCGCCGAGAAAAAUGGCAGUGGGGUGCCAGAGAAGACUGGAGGUUCACCGAUAUGGCUCGACAAUAUGGCAAAAACUGGUGGUGGAUUUCCUUCUUUGCUGUUUAUCUCAUCCAACAGGUAUUUCUAAUCGGUAUAUGCAUACCAUUGUACACCGUCCACACGGUGAACCAACCAUUGAAUGUAUGGGACAUAGCCGCGAUGUUCGUCUGCAUAACCGGCAUCAUUUAUGCUCAUUUUGCAGACACACAACUCCACAGAUUUGUGACCAAAAACGAGAAGCUAAAAGAGGUUGGAAAGCCAAGGGUGGCCAAUCUUGAUGAAGGCUUAUGGUACUAUUCUAGACACCCAAACUACUUUGGUGAACAGUUAUGGUGGUGGGGUGUGGUCAUCUUUGGGUGGAACCUAGGGUGCACCUGGGGGUUUGUUGGUGCAUUGGUUAAUAGCUUGUGCUUGGCCUAUGUCACCAUACUUGUUGAAAGAAAGAUGUUGAAACAAGAGUAUAGAGUUGAAGCAUACAAAAUGUACCAAAAGAGAACCUCUGUGUGGAUACCUUGGUUCAAGACAUCUACUAACCAAGUGCCUAAAGAAAAGGGUAGUUGAUCGAGUAAUGCGAUCAUGAUAUCUGACAUAUUUGGUCUAACUAGUCCAUUGGGUCAGAUACUUUAGGUCUUUCAAUCAACACAAAGUGUCUUACUGUUGUGUUUGAUGAGUGAUUGUUGAAAUGUAAUUCCAUAUUUAUCUAUUAUUUUAGUUUGUCCUAAAA